AUGACGACAACUCCUGCUGCUGCUUUUGAGGCCCUCAUGAAAGGGGUGACAAGAUGGGAUGUCCCCAAAGGCCCCAUCCCCAGUGAACUGCUUCUUAUUGGAGAGGCCAGCUUCCCAGUGAUGGUGAAUGACAAGGGCCAGGUGCUCAUUGCUGCCUCCUGCUACGGCCGAGGCCGCCUCAUUGUCAUAUCCCACGAGGGCUACCUGCAGCAUGCUGGCUUGGCUCCAUUUCUUCUCAAUGCAGUGGGCUGGCUCUCUCCCUCCCCUGGAGCUCCCAUUGAGGUGCACCCAUCCCUGGAACCACUAGUAAAGAUCCUGCAGGACUCUGGGGUUAAGGCACAGAUUGGGCCAGAACCGGGAGAGCCCAUGGGGGUUUUCUGCAUCAAUGCCUACAAUAACACUGUGACUGCAAAGCUGAUCCAGUUUGUGAAACGUGGAGGGGGCUUGCUCAUUGGGGGCCAAGCCUGGUAUUGGGCCAGUCAGCAUGGCCGUGAAAAGGUGCUGUCCAGCUUCCCCGGGAACAAGGUGACCAGUGUGGCUGGAGUGUACUUCACUGACAUCUGUGGAGACAGAGGCCAGUUCAAGGUCUCUAAAAAGGUGCCCAAGAUUCCACUUCAUGUCAGGUGUGGGGAGGACCUCGGGCAGGACCAGCAACAGCUACUGGAAGGGGUCUCAGAGCUGGACAUCAGGACAGGGGGGGUCCCCUCGCAGCUGCUGGUGCAUGGGGCCCUCGCCUUCCCUCUGGGGCUUGAUGCCUCCCUUGGUUGCUUCCUGGCAGCUGCCCACUAUGGCCGUGGCCGGGUGGUCCUGGCUGCCCACGAGGGCAUGCUCUGUGCUCCCAAGUUGAGGUCUUUUUUGCUCAAUGCUGUGCGCUGGCUGGCCACAGGCUGCACAGGCAAAGUUGGGGUGAGCACAAGUCUAAAAAAUCUAUGUUCCAUACUGUCAGAGCAUGGCCUGGAAUGCAGCCUGGUGCCCCAUCUGACCAGCGACUUGCGUGUCUACUGCUGCAAGGCUUACAGUGACAGGGAGGCUAAGAAAAUCCAGGAGUUUGUGGCUGAGGGUGGAGGCUUGCUGAUUGGGGGACAGGCCUGGUGGUGGGCCUCCCAGAACCCAGGCCGCUCCACUUUGGCUAGUUUCCCUGGUAACCUCAUCCUCAACUGCUUUGGCCUCAGCAUCCUGGCUCAGACUCUCAGCACAGGCAGUUUCUCUGUCCCCACCCCUGAGAUGAGGAGCUAUCAUUUCCGCAAGGCGCUAUCUGAAUUCCAGGCCCUGUUGAACCAUGAGGGUGGGAACUUGGGAAAGAGCUAUCUGGCCAAGUUGGGAGUAGAUGGUGCAGCCUUCCUACAGAUUCCUGCAGAGGGGGUCCCUGCUUAUGUAUCCCUGCACCGGCUCCUGCGGAAGAUGCUGCAGCGCUCGGGCCUCCCAGCUGUGAGCCGGAAGCAUCCAGUCGCCAGAGACUCCCGCGAGGCAGCAGUGCUGUGCCUGGCCACGGAGCUGGCGCACUCUGGGACUGACUGCUCCCAGCUGGCCCAGGGGCUUCGAACCUGGACCUGCUCCUCCAGUCGGUAUCUCUCUGAACAGCCCAUCACUGUGGAGAUCAAUGGGACCAACCCAGGCAAUGGCAGUUGCUGGGUGAGUACUGGGCUCUACCUCCCGGAGGGACAGAACGCAGAAAUCUCGCUGUCUGACGCUGCUGCCUCUGCGGGCCUGAAGGUACAGAUUGGCUGCCACACUGACAACUUGGCCAAGGCUAGCAAGCUGUCUCGAGCUCCUGUGGUGACUCACCAAUGCUGCAUGGACAGGACCAAACGGUCAAUCUCUUGCCUCUGGGGUGGCCUCCUCUAUGUCAUUGUGCCCAAGGGCAGUCAACUUGGCCCUGUGUCUGUCACCAUCAAGAAUGCUGUGCCUGCCCCAUACUACAAGCUGGGUAAGACAUCUCUGGAGGAGUGGAGGAGGAAUAUCCGGGAGAACCCAGCCCCCUGGGGAGAGCUGGCCACCGACAACAUCAUCCUGACGGUGCCAACUGCAAACCUGCAGACCCUGGAGGACCCCGGGCCUUUGCUCCGCCUCUGGGAUGAGAUGCUGCAGGCCAUAGCCAGGCUGGCAGCCCAGCCCUUCCCUUUCCGACGUCCUGAGAGGAUUGUUGCUGAUGUGCAGAUCUCAGCUGGCUGGAUGCACUCAGGAUACCCAAUCAUGUGCCACCUGGAGUCGGUGCAGGCGCUCAUCAGUGAGAUGAGCAUGAGAAGCAGAGGUCUGUGGGGCCCUGUCCAUGAGUUGGGCCACAACCAGCAGCGGCAUGGGUGGGAGUUCCCACCACACACCACUGAGGCCACCUGUAACCUUUGGUCAGUCUAUGUGCAUGAGACAGUCCUGGGGAUCCCCAGGUCUCGGGCCCACCCUGCUUUGAGCCCUCCAGUACGAGAGAAGAGAAUCAAAGCACACCUGGGAAAGGGAGCCCCACUGCGUGACUGGAAUAUGUGGACAGCUCUGGAAACAUAUCUUCAGCUCCAGGAGGCCUUUGGGUGGGAGCCAUUCACCCAGCUCUUUGCUGACUACCAGACCCUCUCUCACCUCCCCAAAGACAAAGCUGGCAAGAUGAAUCUAUGGGUGAAGAAGUUCUCUGAAGCAGUGCAGAAGAAUCUGGUUCCUUUCUUUGAGGCUUGGGGCUGGCCUGUCCAGAAGGAAGUAGCUAAUAGCCUGGCCUCCUUGCCUCAGUGGCAGGAAAACCCCCUGAGCAUGUACGUCCACACAGAGAAGUAGAAGAUGUACAGCAGAGAGGAAGGAAGAGGAAGAAGGAUCAUUCUGUGAAUCCACCACCAUGGUUCUGGCCUGGGAUGCUCAGCACCUUGAACCUGAAUCCUGCUUCCCAGCCUGUCUUCAGGGUGGCGGUCAAGGUCAUAAGACAAAGUGGAAUCAACUUUCUCAGGAAUGUUCCCUUGUGCUUCUUUUUAUUGAUUCAUUGCUUGUACUGCUGCUCUCACCACGAGACUCACCUUCCCACCACCGUCCUCCAGAAAAGGGUUUUUCAUCUCGCCAUCCUAUUUUUGACCAAGGGUUGUAAGGACCAGGGGUUACCAUAGUAAUCUGAUAUCACUCCCUCACCCCUGCUGCUUCUGAACAAGGCUUCUAAUUUCUCAUGCUCUGAGAAGUUUUCUCAUCAUAAGAAAGACGGGUUGAUAUAGUAUAGAGAGCCCUGGACCAGCUUUGGUUCUGGGGAAAAUCACAUAACCUCUCUGUUUCUGUAUCCCUAUCUAUGACACGGGAAUAAAAAUUAUCUCCUCACAGG